AUGGGAAAUUCAUCUCUGAUAGAGGUGGCCUUGGGUGGUGCAUGUCACGAAGAAGCCGCCAACCAUUUCACCGCCGCUAUCAAUCACUGUGACUCCAUUCUGAGGCACACACUGGCAGGCCAGAGCUGUCUGAAGCCAGGCCAAAGCUGUGGCUUUUGGGCCAAGCCGUGCCAGAACAUCACUAAUGCGCCCCGGCCCGACUCAUGCAAGCCUAUACCAGCCAAGAAGCAAAAGUCAAUCAAAUCCAAGGACUCGGACAACAUAUAUUCUGAAAGGAUGGUUGAGCGUGAUAUGGUUCAAGAGCGCCACAGAUUGGUCCCUGCUGUGCAUUUCUGCACAACACCUCCCCAAUUCGCAAAUUUCGCAUUUUAUAAGGCAAAUGCAGGCAGGAUCUAA